AGUCGUUCUCAGAAAGUGACAACUUGUCCUACUACCUUUGAUGCGAGGCAGCGUGGUCAAUUCGUGAGAAACCUUGAUUCGACUCCGCAUACUUGACCUCGUUGUGGCUCCUCUGGAAAACAAGCUUUUCAUCUAGACCGUGCGAUUUACGACGAAGCUGCGACAACAGCACUGCAAUCCAGGCCCACCAUUCAGUCUCGUCACGCAGCACACGUGCUGUCAAUUCUGCAGAUAUGGGCUUCGGUACUGGAGCCAGCCGCGGCUAUCAGAUCAGGAAUAAGACAAAACGUGCAGAGAUCAAUCUGAAAGAGAAGAAGGCACGAGAGAGCGCAAAGCGUGAUGAGCGCAUGAGAAGGAAGAGAGAAGAGGCGAAGAAUCCAGAGCUUCGUGAGAAACGAGUAGCCACCCAUGUACCCGUCACUAUCGACCAGAAGAGAGUAUGGGACGCCGCAUUCGGUGACGAGGGCGACGCACUAGGAUGGAGUGUCGACGUGGACAAAUUGAAGAAGCAAAAGACAGACGAGGAGCAGAACGGCGACAGCAACAUCGACGCCGAAGACGCAGAAGGCGACGACAGCGAAGCCGACGAUCUAGACAGCAUGCUCGACUCCGACAGCGGCUCCGACUCUGACGGUAACGAUUCCAGCUCAGACACAACAUCCAAAAAGUCCAAACACAAACCCACACCCGACGCCCCCAAACGAGCCCCCUCCCCAUCCGCCGCCUCAACAGCAACAAACAUGGACCUCACCCCCGAAUUCCUCCAAGCCAAAUUCCCAACCCUCUUUCUGCCCCCAGUCGACCCCAAGAUCCUCAUCACAACCUCCCUAAACAGCACUCUCCACACCGAAGCCCAAAUGCUCACAAACUUCUUCCCCGCAAGCUCCUACAUCCGCCGCUCAGAGCACCGCUUCGGACACAAGUACAGCGUGCGCGAGAUCUCCAAAUUCGCCUCCAACCGCGGCUACACGGCCGUCAUCGUGCUGAACGAAGACCAGAAGAAGCCGUGUGGCCUCGACAUUGUUCACCUGCCCCACGGCCCCAUGUUCCACUUCAGCAUCAGCAACUGGGUCGAAGGCAAGAAGUUGCCCGGCCACGGCAAACCAACAAACCACUACCCGGAACUCAUCCUGAAUAACUUCCGCACGCCGCUCGGCUUGCUGACGGCGCAUCUCUUUCGCACUAUGUUUCCGCCCCAGCCUGAGUUUGAGGGCCGUCAGGUGGUGACGCUGCAUAAUCAGCGUGAUUAUAUCUUUGUUCGACGGCAUCGCUAUGUUUUCAGGGAUAAGCGGGCGACGGAGAAGAGUAUUGUGGGGACGGAUGGGAAGGUGAUGAAGGGGGUCGAGGAUAUCAAAGCUGGAUUGCAGGAGCUAGGGCCCAGGUUCACCCUGAAGCUGAGACGGGUGGAUAGAGGCAUACAGAGGAAGAGCGGGCAGGAGUGGCAGUGGAAGGGUAAGCAGGACAAGGCGAGGACGCGCUUCCAGUUGUAGAUGGAACGUAUUUAGGUGUUCUAUUUAUGAUAUGUUCGUGGUGGCACUUCUUGAUAGAAAAUCUUCAGUUUUCAAAU